CCCAGGGGUGGGGCAGCGGAGGCCCGGGAGGAGGGGGAAAAAAGAAGGUGGAGGAUCCUGGCUACUAAUCUGAACUGAUACCGAUUCUCUUAGACCUCAGAGACUCAGAAAAGAGAGAAGGGUGUCUCAUCCCCCUUCCUCCCCUCCUCCCUCUCCUCAGCCUUAGCCAUGGCUGAGGCAGGGGCCGGGCUGAGUGAGACCGUCACUGAGACAACGGUUACCGUGACAACCGAGCCCGAGAACCGGAGCCUAACCAUCAAACUUCGGAAACGGAAGCCAGAGAAAAAAGUGGAAUGGACGAGUGACACUGUGGACAACGAACACAUGGGGCGCCGCUCAUCAAAAUGCUGCUGUAUUUAUGAGAAACCUCGGGCCUUUGGCGAGAGCUCCACGGAGAGUGAUGAGGAGGAAGAGGAGGGCUGUGGUCAUACACACUGUGUACGGGGCCACCGCAAGGGACGGCGUCGUGCAACCCCGGGACCAAGCCCCACCACCCCUCCCCAGCCUCCUGACCCCUCCCAGCCCCCUCCAGGGCCAAUGCAGCACUAAAUUCCUCUCUCCCCCACCAUUCCUGUGUUUGUCUGGUCCUGAAUGUAUUCAUGUGGCUACCUGGGGACUAAACCCAGGGUUUGAUACCUUCUCAAGCCCCCUCCUCCCCUCUCCUCUGCCUGAUAGAAGGAAGAGGAAGAGAAGGGUGAACAGAGAUCCUGGAAUUCUGACUUGCUGCUAUUCCAGAACCCAGACUUAUGGGUUCCCCCAGCCCUCAUUUCUCCUUGCAAUACUCAGCAUCCUCUCUCCAGGGAUCCAGGCAUCUUGGUCCCAGUCUCUCCCCUUUGUUCUCACUGCCAAACUGCCUGUCCUGGGAUCCCGUUAUCUUGCCCCCUUGCACUCUCUACUUGAGUCCCAAACACUUCAGUUGGGUUUCCAGCAGCCCCAGCUUUCACUGCCAGGGUCCUAGUCAGAUUCCAGGCAAUCUUGCCCCAACUGUGCUUGUUAAUCCUGGCUUAGCGCUCUUCCACUAAUGUAUUUAUGUCACCCUAACUCGUAGUCCUUGCCUGUGGGAUGUGAGGUCUUACAGGAGACCUCAAGUCUCCUAGCCCUUUCCCUCCUCUUCUGCCCACUCCUUCUGCCCUUAAGAGGAGUUAGGAGAGAGAGAGAGGUCUUUGUCAUUCUCACCUUUAAUGGGAAAUGGAAAAAGAAAUAGUCAUGUCCUCUCUCCUCACCCUUCUCAUGUGAUCUAGGGUUUCUGACGGAGCUGGCUUCAGGACUGGUCACUUAGAGCCAACUAUCUCCUUAGCAUUUGGUCUUCCAGCUUAGGAGACAGAUCCAACAUGGUCCCAGGGGCCUGGGUCCCUGGGAAAGGAAGGAAAGGGGAAGGAGCGAAGAGAUGGGGGUAGGUCGCCUCCACUGCACUCUUACUCCUUCCUUCCUAGGCUUUGAUGUCUCACCAGCCCAGAUGUCCAGCUCUCUGGCCCUCCCCUCCCCUUACUGGGAUCUGGAUGUCAUUUUCCAGGCUUCUUGCCAUGCAGAAUUGCAGAGAUCAGUCAAAUCCAUACCACCACUGAGAUCUCAUUUAUUGCCACAGAUGCACAAAAUAAAUAACCCAACAUCAUAAAACGUGUUAAA